UAAACUUUGAAGUAGAUUUUUCACAUUUAGAUGAUUGCUAUGCAUUUACUCAAUUUCUUGCUGAAUUUAAUAAUAUGAACCUUGAUGGAUCAGAAAGAGAUAUUGAAAUUAACAAUAUUUUAAGAGAAAUCCGAGAAAUAUUAAAGGAACUUGCUAAAACUGAAGAUGAUAAAGAAGUAAAAUAUUGGUUAGCGUAUUAUUUAUGGUAUGGAAUUGGAGUUGAAAAGUUAAGAAAACAAGAUCAGAAGGUUGCUAUUGAGCUACUUGAAGGUUUAGUUAAAGAAGGAUAUUUAAAAGCACGUAUUUCUAGACUG